GCUUGUUGGGCGCGCGCUGUGAAGAAAAACUAUUUGAAAGAAAAAAAUGGCGGAAAAACAUCCUGAAGCUGCUCAAGAAGGUUGCGGAAGUGUCGCCGUUGCUGAUGACGUAAACGUUACCCAGAAUGAGUCCGACUCAGUGAAACAGGCGAAAAGAUGCUCCUCCUCCUCCACCCCCUGCACGCCUCCCCCAAACAAAUCUCCCCGUACCGGCAUCCCAUCGACCACCACACACGCUCCAGAUGCAGCGGAAGGACAGUCAGAAACGGACAAACUAGAAAUGCAGACAGACAACAAGGAGGGACCUUCAAGUCCCACCGUCCCCCCCACCACACGGAGGAAGUCCUGGAGGAGAGCCACUAUAACCCGACGCUCCCUCCCCGCCCUCCCCAACCCAUACCAGGUUUUAUGCAGAAGCAUAAGUGCCUCCUUAUCACAGCAGGAGAGGCUUGAGAAAUUGAUGGAGGCUUCAAUGAAGCUGGCUUUAGAAAGAACUCAAAAUUCUCUGCAGUCAGUGCCAAACACCUCGCUAGAGUCUUUUCAAAAACAAGUUGAGCACAUGCAGAAAGAGUGGGGUUUCCUGGCCAAAAGCAUAUGUGAUGAACCAGGGGGUCAUCAACCCACUGCUAGAGCAGCCAGUUCUUGUGAUCCCGUUGUGCAAAAAGCCAUGGAAAAGGUCCAGAACAGCAUCAAUAGGCUUCAGGCUGAAAGUGAGUCUUGGGAGGCCCUGUUGAACAAACACCGGAGUAAAGCAGAGGAAUUGGAAAGGAAAGUGGAGCAGGGCCAGAAAGGAGGAGUAUCAUUAGACUCUACGUCCCUGGCCCAGUCCUCACAGUACCGUUUCAUACAGAGUAAACCUGACUACCACGGUCUCCUCUGUAGACAACAGCCCAUGCUUCACACUAUGGCAAUGAUUAUGGACACUCAGAGUAAGAUGGUAAGAGAGCUUCUGUCCAUCAAGGAGCAGUCACAGCUAUUGGUGAAAGAGACUAGUGGCCGAUUGGCGGCAGAGGCAGGAUUCAAGGAUCUUUCACCUGACCUCAUCAGGAACCUCAUUGGAGCACCUUUAUCCUCUGCAACUACUUAGUCACUCUGUCAGGAGGCAAGCACAAGCUAUCAAUCAUCUAAUGGACCAUGACUCUUUAUGACUUGUUUAUGAUACCCUGCUAUGUAUUUUUAGUCAACUCUUAUUGGAUAAAAUAGGCUCUAAUGUUAUAAUUUCUGUGUCAAAUAAAACAACUUCAUCUGAAGCAGGACUGGUAAGAAAGCUAGUUCAGGUAAUCUGUGUGCUUGACCAGCAGGUGGCAGUAGCUGGAUAUACAAUAUUAUGAGAAGCUUAGUGAAAGGCCAGAGUGGAUUUUUCUGUUAGGCCUUAUUUAAAUAUAUUCCUACCUGUAAAACCUGAAACUGUUAAGACCUGAAUGCAAGCUGUUAGGGGUUAAGGAACAGAAAAACAUUGCAUAAAACUUUGCAAAACAAGGUUAUUGGUCCUCGUUCAUAUAAUAAACAGAAAUAUUCAAAUAUAAUGAUUGUUUUGGAAACCAAAUGGAUUUUGUCUUUUAAAAAAUGUUUUAAAUUUGAAGUCAUUGGAUAUAGGGACAAUGUUAAGUGGUCUGAUUAAUACUAUUUUAUAAAUAACCUUUAAAAGUGACAAUGCAAAGAACCAUGUUGGUAUACAUGGUGCUAUUUUCAAAAAAGUAUCAUGUAACCUGUGAAUUAAUCUGCCAUUUUUUCAAUUUAAAUUGACAUGUA